AGUGAUGUCAGGACAGGGAGGGCUUACCGCAGGAGAUAAGGCCAGCUAAUGGAGAUGAAAUGAAUCGGUAUUUAAAAGGUCUUUUUUAGUUAAGGCAGUUAGCUGGCAGCAGACAGUUGGCUGGUACGAGCGAGGCAGUUCAGUUGGAUGUGAAGGAGGGACAGUACACACUUUCUGUAAGCUGUCUGAAGAUUGUUUUUUUUUUACUGUGAAUUGAAAUACAGUUUCAAGUUUCGCUCACUGGUUUGAACUUCAGCAUUCAGGUCGAGGUCAAAGUUGGGUUUGUCAUGACCCCACGGGAGCAGCUGAGGAAGAUGACAGCGCUGGGAGAGCAGGGGGCUUUAGAUGAGAAGCACUGGUACCGUCUGGUUAACGGCAUGUCUGCUGGAGAGCUGAGGCAGAGACAGGAGAUGAUUAUGAGGAACCAGAUGGCCAUGGCCCCGCAGAUCCUCGCUCAGGGGCAGCAAAGGUUGCAGGGUGUCCCUACACAGUUCGAACCUCGCUUCAUGGAGAGGGAGCUGGUCCCCCAAAACGAAAUGGUUGCUUCUGACACCAGACAGAUGCACAUGGGACCCCACCUGGGUCCACCUCUACCACCACAUGCCAAUGUCCUGCCCGGGAGAGCAUUCCCAGGAGCAGCUGGCUACGGGUUCCUGCCCUCAGAGCCCAUGGAAACAGUAGCCCGGCGACAGGAGCUCAUUCACAAGCAGAAUAUAGCCAGAAUGGAGAUGAACGCCAUCCUACAUCAGAAGGAGCUAGAGAACGCCCAUCAAAAGGGACUUAUUGGAAUUGAUAACCCCAUGGCAUACUCCGCCAACCCCAUGGCGUUUAGAAGUCGUCAGCGCCUGCCGGAUGGCCAUGAUGUCUUCGUUCACCGUCCCACCCUCGAUGAGCUGCACUCCAACAGCCUCCUCAUGUCGGCUAGCCCUUACCCACCAAUGAGCACACUGCACAGAGAGCGGGGCCGCAGGGCAGGCAGGAGGCCGACCGCUCACAAGACCUCAGAGAGCCACGUCGCCCACCUGAAAUGCCAGGCAGAAGACAAAAGUGUAGAGCAGAGCCCGGGGGCGACGUCAGGGGAGGAGAAAGAGGCGGAAGCGAAGGGGGACAUGGGAGAAGAGUGCGCGACAAGCAAGACGCAUCAUCAGGCCAAAAUAGACUCUGAGCUCAGCACAGGGAGCAGGAAAAACUACAAAGAAGGGGAGCCCGGCCUGCGCAAAAACUGUGCGAACAGUCAAGAUGGCUGCUCAGAUGUGGCCAACAGCAGCACGAAUGAUAAAGACAUUUCUAGCCAGUGUUCAGCUUUCCAGGACAAAUUCAUGUAUCCCUCCUCUGGUGGAACGCUUACAGGAAUGCCUUACAUGUUCCCAGUCCCUGGAAAUGGUUUUCUUCCACCUGGUCCAGCCAAUCUCUUUCUCAAUGGCGACGAGGUGUCUGAGGACGUAAGAAAAUGGACGGUGAAUGAUGUUUACAACUUCAUCAACAGUAUACCCACGUGUUCAGAAUAUGCACAGACCUUCAAAGACCACAUGAUUGACGGGGAGACACUGCCCCUACUGUCAGAGGAGCAUCUGCUGGACACACUGGGGCUCAAGCUGGGACCAGCUCUAAAGAUCCGCUCACAGGUUUCCAGACGCAUGGGCAACAUGUUGUACAUGAUGAACCUGCCGCUCGCCACCGCUGCACCGCUGCAGGCCCCUCCAGAGAAGCCCGGGGACCGUUCACCGGAGAUCGGCUCCCCUGUCAACUGCAACAGUGAGGAGAUGGUGGCGAGUCCACGAGACGCUGAUGUCCUCAAGUCCACAGAGACCCUUCAAGAGACAGACAACAACAACAACUCACCGCCAUCUGCUAGCAGUGAGACGGCCUGAUCAGAGCAAGAAAUGAGGACAAACAAAAACAUAACCAGGCCCAGUCUGCACCUACAGCGCGGUGUUUGCUGCUGCAUCAGUGGAUGAUAUGUUUACAUAAUUAUUGACUGAUUUCAGAUGCUUUUUAUUAUAUGCUACCUGGCCUUUAAAUGCUGAUGAUCACCCCAUAGGCUCAGGUGUCAGCUAAAUAUUUUGUAAUUAACAUGUGUAUGGACAUUUAUAUUUUUUUAACAACCGUAGAGUUAAAGUUAUCUUAAAAUUACAUUUUUAUUAAUCUGGAAAUAUCUUACUAUAGUUUUAAACAAACGUACUUCAAUGCUGCUAGGUAUCAUUUCUACAGUAGGUCUGCAUAAAGAUCAUAUAAAUAACAUGGAAAUUGUUUUGUAAUUGAAUGAUGAAGAGUUUUUUAUUUGGUUGGGAUACCUUUAUGCUUUUGUUGGAUUGUAAAUAAAGU